AUGACGUCCAAGAAGGAUAUGCGACGAGCGGAUCUCGUGAUUCCCUACGUCGAUCCCCCGAAAGAGAAGAGUGAAACAGAUAUGGGAGGUGCCAUGUCGACGACGCUUCCAAUGGCGGCUAUGUUUACGCGGAACCGACUUAUUGGAUGGGUCUCCGUUGUCAUUUCCGUCCAGAAUUGGCUCGCAGAAAGCCCCGAACAGGCCAAGAAUGCUGCAACACCAUCUUAUAUGAAUGUCUUUAUGUCACUGAUGGCAAUGGGUGUCACAUAUAUGCCACUCUUUUUCCCCCCGCCCCCCGGCCGCGGCAGCACCACGGCAGCUGCCCCGUCUCCAUCUCCGUCUCCAUGA